AUGGUUCAUAAUGCUUCUGGAAUGCAUCAAAUCCCAAAUUGGGAAUUCUGGUGUAACACGUGGGAUUUCCUCAAGGACAUGUUUUUUAUAAUAAUGGCACAAUGUCCCGUUUUUAAACCAAGGAGAUCUGGAGGAAGAAAUUACAGGAAUUUGCCAAGAGAUGAAGAAAAUGUUUUGAUGGAAGACGAAUUUGAUGAGCAUUAA